AUGUACAAUUUGCAAAACGGUACAAACGAUGCUCCGAUUCGAGCUAACGUUUUCGAUGACCUGGAUGUGGACAGUUCAGUGACGGGCUCGAUACUUUCAAGAGAUCGACAACAACCUUUGGAUUCGUCAUCAUCGUCUAUCUCCAGAAGAGAUCUCAACAGUACUGCUACAAACUGGAUUAGACUUAACGUUGGUGGAAAGAUCUUUCAAACUACGCGUGAUACUCUAAUGAAAGUUCCUGGUUCGUUCCUUUACCGUUUAUGUCAGGAUGAUAAAAGACUGCCUAGUGUUAAGGAUGAGACGGGCGCGUACUUGAUCGAUCGUGACGCGGAUUAUUUUUCACCCGUUUUAAAUUACCUCAGACACGGAAGGCUUAUAAUAAAUCCUGGUCUAGCCGAUGAGGGAGUUCUAGAAGAAGCGGAGUUCUACAAUUUGCCGCAAUUAGUGCAUCUCGUUAACGAAAGGAUUCACGAAAGGGAAAGAAGCUCAAGUGAAGCUGGGCGAUUUAAAAGUGUAUAUCGUGUCAUACAAUGUCAUGAAGAAGAACUAACCACUUUCAUUUCGGCAACAAGUGACGGAUGGAAGAUUGUUCAGGUACUUCCUGUGCAGAGCAGAUACCAAGAUUACACAGUGGAUAGGCAGCAAGAGUAUUUGUGUAUUGUUGUUCCGGGAAUGUCCUGA